GUGUCCGGAAUGUCGGAGAGAAGAAUGGCGGGGCUCCUGGAAGAAGGAGAGACGGAGGGCGGCCUGGACUUGGACCUGGAGAUGUGUCAGGAUGUCAAGCUGGCCUUGUUCGCAGAAGAUGAAGACAGUGACUACGGCAGCCACAAAAAACUGGGCCGGGUGUCUCCUUGCCGUGUAUUAUCGGGAACCGUCCAGUUUCCUGACUUAUUCCAGACCAGCAAUCUCCUCUUCUAUGAGAGGUUUGAGGCCUACAAGGAUUAUCUCCUGGGAGAUGCCAAACCAUCAGAAGUGAUGGCGUUCAUAUCAGAAUACUUAGAAAAGGCACUGGAAUCCUCCGGCUGGAAGGCUGUUUGGCGCACAGACGUCUUUGAGGUUCUUGUUGAGGUGACAGACGUGUCUUUCUCCAGUUUGAAGGCCGUUGUCCAGCUGUGUGAGCCAUUCAUGUGUGACUAUCGUAUGGAGUGCGUCACUGAGCAGAGCAUUUGCGACCUGCUGGAGGUGAAGGAGCAGAAGGUCCCUCUACAGGAGCUUUAUGUGGCCUAUGAUGAUUCAGGAGACUACGACCAGACCGCCAUGUCCAUUGAACACGUCAGGUUCUUUUUCCAACACAUCUGGCACCCUUGGGAUGAAGAAGAGGAAGAUUAUUUUGAUUAUUUUACAAGAUGUGCUGAGCCACGAUUACGCUUCCAUUAUGACGUUCUGGAAGAGCGUAUCCCAUCCGAGCUGGUAUCCGAGUAUCAUGCCAUCCUAACACGCUGCAUACAGGUCUACAGUCAGUUCAACAACCUCCGAAAUGCAUUAUCCGGCAGCGACACCGAACUGGAUAACUUAUCCAUGGUAGAAGGUAUGAAGAUGGAUGGUGAGAUGGAGAGCCUGAAACGGAAGCUAAAACUGAUCGAGAAUCCUCUGCUUAGGUACCUGUUUUGUUGUCAGAAAAACCCUGGAAGGUACAGCCUGAAAAAAAAGGGUCCCCGUGCAGAGUGUGGAAAAGUUAUUCAUGUUGUGUCCACAAGAAUGACCAUUGAGACCUUGACAUGUCUGACUAGAGAGCGGUUGGAGCCGGAGUCUUGUAACCAAAACCAGGAAAUCCAGUUCCACCAAGAUCUCCUGGAAGCAGUGAAUGCGUGUUAUGAUGGCGAUCUGAUCCUGAUUUGUCCCGGACAUUAUUGUAUAUACAGCCAGAUCUGCAUUGCAGACUCUGUGCGUAUAGAAGGUUACGGGAUGGCAGAUGACAUCAUUAUUGAGAAGAAAGGGAAAGGAGACAAGUUUGUGGAAUGCUGCGGUCCCAGUGUGAAAAUCUCCAAUGUGAAGCUCAUCCAGCACAAUGCUGUGGAAGGAAUUGUCAGUGUCCUUGGAGGGAGGACUGAGCUGGAGAACUGCGUGUUUCAGUGUGACACCACUGGCAUUACAGUGAAGAAAUCGGCAGAAUUGGUGAUGAAAUAUUGUGACUUGUAUGGAGCAAAGGGAGCCGGCCUGGAGAUUUAUCCUGGAAGUAACUGCAGCUUGACAGAUAAUGGAAUCCACCAUUGCAGAGAUGGCAUUCUGAUCAAGGACUUCAUUGACGAGGUUUAUGAUCUCCCCAAAAUAAUUCUAGAGCACAACGUCAUCCACAACAAUGAGGGCUAUGCUGUCGUUUUGGUGAAGCCGACUGCUACAAUGGAGAAAAUGAGGCCAGAUCAAGAAGCUGAAGAUCCUGAAACCAACCUAGUGGAAGGCAAGACAACUACCGGUAUGAUCCAAUUAGAAGUGGGUGAGUCUGUGCAGUCAGAAGACAAUGGUGACCAAAUGGAGAGUAACGCUGAAGAUUCUGGGAAGCGCCCCAUUACUGAGAUGGCAGAUGGAAGCUGUACUGACCUCCCAGGCAAAGGAGGAGUGUGUAACCCAUUACUUGCCGAAGACCAAGCCGAUGACUAUACUGCUAGCGAAGAGGCCGAUGGCAACCAGACCAUUUCCACCGAACUGACUGCCAACUCCAGACGAAAGACCAUAAUACAUAAGAAGAGACUGAGCGCCAUGGGGAUAACCAAGGCCGACGACGACCAGAUCUUAUCCCAAGAGAUGUUUGUCUCCAUUGCCAAUAAUCAGUUUAAGUGGAAUGGUAAAGGCAGCUUCGGGACCUUCCUCUUCUAAACUCCAGGAUGCACGUGUGAUUCUCGAACUUGUCUUCAAUUGUAUUUCUGCAUAUUUAAUUUAAUUGCUCGUCGUUGCACAUGUACAUAAGAUGGCCAUGCUGAUGCUUUUUGCACCAUAAUUAAGAUAAUCAUAAACCUAGAGGGGAGGGGGGGGGUUCUGAUAGGUUGUGUAUAUAAUUGUAUUUUUUUUUUUUUUACCUGUCUGCACAUAUGUAGCAGUUGCAUAGUAGUUGGUAGGUCUGAGCUGAGUACACUGUAACGCUCUGGUGCCCUAUCUACAGCCCAGGGGCAUUUGGCACUUGCUGUACUGCCCUUGGGACCCCUACAGAUAGUUUUUCUAUUUCUCUUUCUCUAUUGCCCUGUAAUGGCUGUGAUCCCUAGUAGGCUCCAGCCUGACCGUCUCCUGAAACACGUUUACAUUCCCUAAGUCCUACUGCAUGUUU